AUGAUGGCUUUGACGGCGCAGGUCUACCCACUGUUACGCAAUUCAGUCAUGUUGUUGCGUGUUUUUGCCAUCUGGGGAUUUGCCAAUCAGGGAAUUUACGCCUCUGUAGUUUCGACCGUGCUUGGAAACCCACGUGGAUUUGUGCCCGUCCAGCCUGAGAAAAUUCCAGUCUGUCUGCAAGUUCCUUUCGUCUGCCUCUGGUUUGCGGUCAAACGACUGUAUGAAUCGAGGCUUCUGACGCCAAGGUCAUCUGUCCGUCUCGGUGCACCGAGCUCGCUUUCGGUCCGGGAGGUCGUCAGACAGACAAAAAUCGAUCGGACUUCGCUCGUAUUCAGCUUUGGAUACUCCAGGCGGUCCAAACUGGAGGAGGGCUGUGAAAAGACCCCUCGACUUUUCUCGCAUCAAAUGCGUUCCCCUGAGCUCCCGUCUACUUUGCUCCCGUCCAACUCGUGA